UGGUUUCGCGCGUGCGCCUCAGGAACCAGCUCCCGGGAUCCGGAUGCGCGUCUCCACGAGGUGAACGCGAAAUGGAGGCCUCGGCUUCUACCCCACCGUCAACCUCAGCCGCAACUUCAGCUUCGACUCCAGCGACCCCGGUCGGCCUGGAGCAGCUGGACGAAGAGCAGAUUAAAAAGGCAGUAGAAGCUCUGUUGGCACAUUCCAGAUCCAGGAAAAACGCAAAUGGAUUGCUUUUGAAUGAGAAUGAAAAUUUCUUUUUAAUGGUGGUAUUAUGGAAAAUUCCAAGUAAAGAACUGAGGGUCAGAUUGUCCUUGCCUCAUGGUAUUCGAUCAGAUUUAGCAGAUAUCUGUUUAUUUACCAAAGAUGAGCCUAAUUUAACUCCCGAACAGACAGAACGUUUUUAUAAGAAGCUUUUGAACAAGCAUGGAGUUAAAACCAUUUCUCAGAUUAUCCCCCUCCGAACUUUAAAAAAGGAAUAUAAAGCCUAUGAAGCUAAGCUCCGCCUCUUGGGUAGUUUCGACUUCUUCAUUACGGAUGCCAGAAUCAGGCGGCUCUUACCCUCACACCUCGGGAGACAUUUCUACAACAGAAAGAAAGUUCCAGUACCUGUAAACCUUCAGGCCAAGAAUUUGUCCAGAGAGAUCAGUGACUGUAUAGGGGGAACUGUCUUAAACAUCUCUAAAAGUGGUUCUUGCAGUACCAUCCGCAUCGGUCACACUGGGAUGCAAGUUCAGCACAUCGUCGAAAACGUUGUUGCCGUCACAAAAAGGCUUUCACAGAAACUGCCGGAGAAGUGGGAGAGCGUGAAGCUCUUGUACGUGAAGACUGAGAGAUCGGUUUCCCUGCCUGUCUUUUCUUCUUUUGUCAGCAGUCGUGGUGAAGCCAGGGGACUACGCACACAAAGUCAGAAGAAAAAGGUAGCAAAGAAAAGCCAAAAGAAGAAAGAACGUCUUAAAAGACAGCAGGAGAAGAAAGGAGACAAGAAGCUUAUGAAACAGGCUGGAAAGGCUGCACCAGCCCCGACUACAGAUGCACCGGCCCCCAAAACUGGUGGUGCUCCAGCCCAGGACCCUGGACCCCAGAAGGAGACUGGUGGGGUGAGCGCCCCCCCUAGAGCUCAAGACGAGUCUGAAGAUGAAAUCCCACUGCUGGUACCAGUGAAGGAAACGCCAGCUGCAAGAAGCGUAAAGACACAAAAAGAUGCUGCAGGAAAGAAGUCUCCAAAGAAGAGUCGUGGUCCCAACACACCUCAUGGGAAGAAGAGAAAGGCCUCCCCAGCUUUGGAGACCCCAGCAGCUGCGGAGCCCAAGACCCCAGGUAAAGGCCCAGGGAAGAAGGCAAGAAUCAAAGAAGAGUUGGAGAAAGAAAGAACCUCUUCGCUGGGGAAAAAAGACCCAAGACAGACUCCUAAAAAGCCAGAGGCCAAGUUCUUCACUACUGCUAGUAAAUCUGCGAAAAAAACUCCCCGUACCCCCAAACAGUGGCCCAAAAAACCCAAAGUACCCCAGUCAACCUAAAAUCAGAAACUCAACCAGCAGGAAACUCAUCAGAGCUAUCUAAAGAGCUUGUAAAAAAUACCUGGGUCCUGACCCCUGUUGCAACCGCUGAGUGAGGCCUAGACUUAAAUAGUUUUUAAAACCUCCACAAGUAAUUCUGAUACAUGUUCAUGGGUGUAAGAACCAGUAGUUUGAAGUAAAUCCAUUCAUUUCAUUGCUCUUCUUUGUAUUUGCUAAUGCAGUAGAGGGAAAAUACAGUGCUUCUCUGUGGUUGUGUUUUUUAUUAUUAAAGUUAACAUUUGUUUCUCAGUAUAAAAUUGGCAUCCCAUGUCUUGUUGGUUUUACUUGAAUGCCUAUGAUGUGACCCUUUUCCUCAUCUGCUUUAAGCCAUUUGUUCACAUGACAGCUCCAUCACAGUAAUCUGUGCAAACACAUCCAAAGCUUGUUUGCAGGCCACUGAUGGGCUCACUGCAUGCAAGUCAGCCGUGGCCCUCAUGCUGAGAUGGGUCUUAGAAAAGGCCUUGGAAUCAAAAUUAAAAUAAUCGAUUCCAGGACCCAGAUGGUGGUCAGCCAAGGUUGCAGAUCACUGAGUUAGCAUACAUUUGUUGGGGGAAAUUAACAUGGAGUCAUUCACAGAGGCACUGGAUCGAAUCCUGAACGCUGGAGGCAAGAAAAUAUUUGUCUUGCAUAAGCCUUUCCAUCUUCCUCCAGAUUCCUCCUCACCCUAAACAGACUUACUUUUAUGUGACAGCUCUAGGGUAGGAAGCUUGGGAGAGUAGACUCUUAAACUUUGGGUCAUUGUCAAAUAUCCUGAGGCAGUAAGUGACUUUUCAGGUACUUGGCCUUUCGCUGCAUUUGAAUUGGGGUACACAUCUCUAAUAGUAAGUGACAUAGUCACUGUAGUAUAGGAAAGGCCAAAGUGAGGCAUGCUUUCAAAGGUAAUUACCAUUCAUGAACAUAACGACUAAAGGAAUCAAAGCUUCAGAUGGUUCUCCAGCAAGUCAAGGAGUCGAGACAGCUUUUUAAAUCAUGAAAGCCUCUGAAAUACAAAAUAAUUUGUUUUUCAUUCCACUGCCCUUUUAGGCUUGUAAAACUGAGUAUACUACAUUUAAUGUAGGGGUUUAGUGUAAUUGAUUUGUUUACCAUAGAAACUAUUCACUUAUUCAAAGAUGAAGAUUUAAGUCUACUGCUUUGCUGAGGGCAAACUUACCUACCUAAUCAUAUAGUCUGUGCUCUCCAUGACAGUUUUCUGGGGUUAGCUGUAUGGUUUUUUAAUCCCAUCCUCUAGCCAGCUAAAGAUUCUGCAACACCCAGUGGUUCUUUGGCCUGUAGCUUAGUUCCUGUUGAAUACGAUGCAGAUGUUUACCUUCCUGUUCCACUGUGCGUCUAGUUUCCUUCUAUAGAAAUUCUCAUAGUUCUCUAUGUUGAAAAGAGCAGAUUUAUUUAAGUUUCUUGAGCAGGAUGAUAGUUUUUUGACAAUUGAAGGCCACAGUUGAGUUAGAGAUAAUUCUGAAUUGUAAUGAAAAUGUUCAAAUCAUGGUGCUAGAUUUCCAAGGCUUAAGAAGUUUGGGGGGCACCUUACCUCAUGGCUGCGAGGGCUGGGAGCCAAUAAUGGCCUAUCCAGGGGCCAAGAGGAGUACUGGAAAUCUGUGCAGUAAAUUACAUUGUUUUGUGGGAUAAGAGGUUGAGUAUGUGGUGUUUCAGUGGAAGUCAACACUGGGUUUUCUGGAUUCAUCCUUCAUGCUAUAGAAAUUUAAUAGACAAAACCAGAUCUGGUGGAAGAAAUUUGCCACGUUUUUGUUCUGAAGAAAUACUGAAUCUUAGUUAAUUUGUUUUUUUUAGGAACUGUAAUAAGCAUGGAAAAUUUAAUAUUUUAAAUGCCUUGAAUGUAUUUAAGACUGUCCAAGUGUUUAAUAAAUGUUACAUUUUAUUUCA